UUAGGUGAUAAUUGGAGAUGAUUUUCCAUAGGCUUUUUUCAAUUGGGGUUCGAAUGAUCUACAGCGAUCCACAGUAAGGGAACGUAUAUGCAGCAAAGACGUGUUAGCGAGUAGCAACGUUGGCUGCAGAAUAUCAAGCGCAAAUCGCCAUCCUGACAGCCUCAAAUGUAGAGCUGAAAACUGAGCUACAGAAUAUGAAGCAGGGUCAGAAAAGUGAUUUUGACCUUCUAAACAAGCAGAUUAAAGACCUUGAAACCAAAGUAAGUCAAUUACAAACUGUAUGUUCUCCCGUCCUAAUUGCCCAGCAAUUGCAUACCAUUGUACCAGCAGCUGAUCGUCUAGACUCAAAUAAUCCACUUAUUGAUAAACAAGGAGAUCAGCCGACCAGUAAUCCAGAAAAUCCAAACACAACGGUUGUUGAUAAACAACGUGAUAAAACAGCUGAUGACUGUGGAAACCAAAACAUAAACACGGGUACUAAUAAACAACAUCAAUCUCUCACAGAGCUCCCACUGCCAUCCAUUGGUAGGGGCCGUGGAAGGGGUCGUAAUGCCUCGGCACCGGAAGGGCGUAAUCCAGGUAUUAGCCAUCAAAAGAGUGGGAUGACAAAAUCGACCAAACAUGCAGAGCUCAGACCAGAUAAACGUCGGGACCAAGACAAACGUCGUAUCGAGGUCGUGAUUGGCACAAAUCCAAACAAGGAAGAUGAACCAUCUCAACUCUGGACAGAUGUUGUUCGUCGAAAGAGACCACCGACAAAUAACAAUACAAAGUCAUCUGACAAAGAUAUACCAGUGCCAAAAAGAUCAAGUAGAUCCCUUAGAGGGGUCCAGCGUGAAAAAGGAAUCACAUUGUACGUGGAGAACAUUGAAAAAGAUGAUAGUGACAGUGACGAUGAUAUUAAGCAGCAAGUUAUACAACAAGCUAAACAUCACAAUAUACGCAUCAUGCAAUGCUACGUAAUACACAAUAGGGUGUCACAAUACAGUGUAGGUUAUAAAAUUGUGGUACCACUUUCUUGUGGACAACGUGCACAACUGCAGAGCACCUGGCCUGCGCCAAUUAAAUGCAGGGAAUGGGUGUCAAAGCGGAAAUGGGAUAAUGCCCCGUUCAUUGAUUCUGAAUUUGACCAGGAUGACAUCUAUAGAUCUACAAAAGAAUAUGAUAGUGUAAACAGUGAGCGUCGCUAUUAUGCGUA